AUGGCGCGCAAGGUCCUGUGCCGCCUGCUGGUGGCUGCCGUAGCAGCGUGCCUCGCCGCGACGGUCCGGGCGGGGUGGCUGAGGGGCUCGGCGACGUUCUACGGCGGGGCCAACGCCGCCGGCACAAUGCGUGCGGGGAGUGCUACCAGGGUGUCGUGCUCCAGGAGCGGCGGCGUGCGGUUCACCAUCAACGGCAACAGGUACUUCAAGCUGGUGCUCAUCUUCAACGUGGCCGGGCCGGGGUCCAUCAGCGCGGUGCAGAUCAAGGGCUCAUGCACGGGAUGGAUCACCAUGUCCCGGAACUGGGGCGCCAACUGGCAGGCCAACAGCGACCUCAGCACCCAGAGCAUCUCCUUCCGUGUCACCGCCACCAACGGCCAGUUCCUCGAGUUCUACAACGUCGCCGGCUCCAACUGGCAGCUGGGCCAGACCUUCACCAACGGCCAAAAUUUCUACUAG